AUGGAGAACGUGUCGUUGUUCGUGUUUGAACUCUCGGGUUUGAACGACUCCGUCACAAACCGUCAGAUUUACUUUGGCGUGGCGCUGACGUCGUACGCCGUCACCGUCUUCUUUAACCUGACGCUGGUGGCGACCAUCGCGCGGGAGAAGACGCUGCAUCAGCCCAUGUACGUGUUCUUAGCGAACAUCUGUAUAAACGGCAUCUGCGGCGCGUCCAGCUUCUACCCCAAACUGCUGCAGGAGCUGCUGAGGGACUCGGGGCGGAUCUCGUACACGGACUGUCUGCUGCAGAUGUGCGGAAUCUACUGCUACGUCUUCUGCGAGUUCACCAGUCUCACCGUCAUGGCGUUUGACCGCUACGUCGCCAUCUGUCGCCCCCUGCAGUACCACGGGGUCAUGACGCGGUCGGCGGUCACGCGGCUCGUCGCCCUCACCUGGAGCUUCUCUCUGUUGGAGACGAUCAUCGGCGCCGUCCUCACCACGAGACUGCCGCUGUGCGGGAACCGUCUGCCCAAGUUCUUCUGCACAAACUGGGAGGUGGUGAAGCUGUCGUGUGUGGACACCACCGUGAACAACAUCUACGGCUUCCUCCUGAUCCUGUCCCACCUCCUGCAGACCGUCCUCAUCCUCCUCUCCUACGUCGGCUUGGUCGGCGCCGCUCUCAGGUCUCGAGCCGAUCGCAGGAAGUUUGUGCAGACAUGUUUGCCUCACCUGGUGGCGCUGCUGAUCUUCACCUUGUCCAACUGCUUCGACUCCAUGUUCUCACGAUAUGGCAACGGCGUGCCCGGGAUGCGCGCGCUCAGUAACGCGCUCGCCGCCGAGUUUCUGGUCGUCCCUCCGCUCUUAAACCCGAUCAUCUACGGCAUCAAGAUGCAGCAGAUCCGAGCUCCAAUCACACGCCUCUUCAGCCGAGAAACACGUGUGACCCUCUGA